AUGUUGGAUAGACUUAGUGACAUGCCCUGGGAUAUAUUAGACAAUAUCCUAGGAUGCCUACCAAUUAAAGAUGCUGUGAGGACUAGCGUCUUGUCUCGAAAAUGGAGAUAUACAUGGGUUUAUCUUUCCAAUAUUGUAUUUUAUGACAGAUGUAAGGGGUUUCCCGUUGCAUUUGACAAUCUGAAGGCUCUUGAACUGUCUGAAGUCUGUUUUAAUGAAUUGGAUGAGAUCUCAGUUUUUCUUUCUCUUCUUGAAAGAAGCUUCUCAAAUUUGAAGUCCUUGUGCAUUUCAGCUUUUGGACCGUUUAACCAAGAUGUUUAUAAGUUAAUGGCUGCACAAAACCAAUUAUCCUAUUGCUUCAACCAACUGCAAAUUGUGAAAAUAAACAUUGCGCUGUGUCACCAAUACGUAGGAGCAUUCCAAUGCUGGAGAUCCGAUUUGGAAUUUAUCAAGCUAGUGCUUGCACGUUCGCCAGUACUUGAGAAGAUGCUUGUAGGUUAUAAUUAUCCAGAGGAUUGUGAUUUAUGGUUUAUGAGAAAGCUGCUCUCGUUCGAACGAGCAUCAUCACAACUCGUAUUCAAAUAUUCCUCCUCUCCCAAUCCAGAACUCUAUACAGUUUCUUCCUUCCUUCAUGAUUGGGAUUUACCUGUGUUGGCGUUGGGGUAGACCAAGAAUAUGAAGCCUAAAGGGAUGUCAUUUUCAUAUUUGGGAAAUGAGCGAAAUGAACUGGGAAGAGAGAUGCACAAGGAGGACACGACGUUCUUGUAUUAAUCAGAAGAAUCAAGGGUCCAGAAUAACAUGGAAUUACAUUACUAUAGGAUUAUGCUGGUUGACUGUUACUGGCAAAGUACAGGCAGAUGCUUCCAUUCACCAUACUUGACCAAGGCCAUGGAUACAGCCUCUCUCCAUGUGCAGGUGUAAGGCUGUGUACAUUAAACCCUUACUGAGCCGCAUCUUUAGAGGUAAGUAGGCAGCUUCAUAACCAAGAUAAGGCAGUUCAUUGCCUUGAACGACCAUUGACAAAGGCCAUCUGUGCCAUAUUAGGCAUUCGCUUCUCAGCAGCAGUGUCGUAUGUAGUUUGUUUAACUUGUAAAGUGGUGCUUUUUUUUUUUU